GGAAACGGACACAGCGAAUGAUUAGUAUUAACCGAUAAUAAAACCUUAUCCGACAAUCUCAGGUCUUGGAUAUGAAGCUUUAAAGGUCAGCAAAAUUUCUACUAACUCUCCAUCAAAGAGCUAAAGACCCAAACUCGCAUUUCAAACAAUUUUCCCAUUUGUAAGAUGCAGAUGCCUACACCAAUCCGAGCUCCUACAUGGGUCUCAAGGCGAAGACAUUUCGAGCAGAAAUUAUGGGACUUAGACAAAUGCAGAGACAUUAACCAACUGAAGCAAAUGCAAGCAAUUGUAUACAAAUCCAAUCUUCAACAAGACCCUUUCAUUGCUCCCAAACUAAUUACAGCUUUUUCUCUUUGUCGCCAAAUGGGUUCUGCUUUUAAAGUCUUUAGUCAAGUUCCUGACCCUAAUGUGCAUUUGUACAAUGCUUUAAUCAGAGCUCAUAUUCACAACUUUAACCCAUCUGAAGCUUUUGCUACUUUCUUUGAUAUGCAGUGUGCUGGUAUUUUUCCUGAUAAUUUUACCUUUUCGUUUCUGUUAAAGGGCUGUUCGGGGAAGUGUUGGUUGAGUGUUGUGAGUAUGAUUCAUACUCAUGUUGUGAAAUGGGGUUUCGAGGAUGAUAUUUAUGUGCCUAAUUCGUUGAUUGAUGCGUAUUCUAAGUGUGGUGUAGUUGGUGUACGAGCUGCAGGUCAGUUGUUUCGGGGUAUGAAGGAGAGAGAUGUUGUUUCUUGGAAUUCUAUGAUUAGUGCGUUGUUGAAAGUGGGUGAUUUGAGCGAAGCGCGAAAGUUGUUCGAUAAAAUGCCUCAAAGAGACAGGGUUAGUUGGAAUACUAUGUUAGAUGGAUAUACUAAGGCUGGGGAAAUGAUUGUGGCGUUUGAAUUGUUUAAAAAGAUGCCAUUGAGGGAUGUUGUGUCUUGGUCCACAAUGGUCUCGGGUUAUUGCAAAGUGGGGGAUUUGGAGAUGGCUCGAAUGUUGUUUGAUAAAAUGCCUUCCAAAAAUCUUGUAUCGUGGACGAUAAUGGUAUCAGGAUAUGCUGAAAAGGGGCUUGUAAAGGAGGCAAUUGGGUUGUAUAUGCGAAUGCAGGAGGCAGGUUUGAAGCUUGAUGUUGCGGCUAUUGUUAGCAUUCUAGCUGCCUGUGCAGAAUCAGGCAUGCUUAGUUUGGGUAAAAGAGUGCAUGAUUCCAUUGAGAGGAGUACAUACAAGUGCAGUACUCUGGUUUGUAAUGCCUUGAUUGAUAUGUAUGCCAAGUGUGGUUGCUUGCAUAAGGCUUAUAAUGUCUUUAAUGGGCUGAAAAAGAGAGAUUUGGUUUCUUGGAAUGCGAUGAUACAUGGGUUGGCUAUGCAUGGACGUGGAAAGAAGGCACUUGAGCUUUUCUUUAGGAUGAAGCAAGAAGGAUUUGUGCCUGAUAAAGUGACAUUAGUUGGUAUCUUGUGUGCAUGCAAUCAUACUGGUUUGGUGGACGAGGGAAUAAUUUAUUUUUAUUCUAUGGAGAAAGAUUAUGGGGUAAUCCCUGAAAUAGAACAUUAUGGUUGUCUUAUUGAUCUUUUAGGUCGUGGUGGCUAUAUUAAAGAAGCUUUCGAUCUCGCACGAAAGAUGCCACUUGAACCAAACGUUAAAAUUUGGGGUUCCCUUUUAGGGGCUUGCAGGAUGCAUAAAGCUGUUGAAAUUGCAGAUGAUGUUCUUAACCUCCUAGUUAAAUUAGAGCCGACAAAUGCUGGAAAACUUUCUGCACUGUCAAAUAUUUAUGCCGUGGCAGGAGACUGGAAUAAUGUUGCUAACAUAAGGUUGAUGAUGAAGAGCAUUGGCAGGCCAAAGCAAUCUGGUGCUAGCUUAUUAGCAUUGAAUGAUGAAUACCAUGAGUUCACAGUGAUGGACAAAUCUCAUGUCAAAUCAGACAAGAUUUAUCAUAUGAUAGACGGAUUAAGUCAGCAUCUUAAAUUACUUCGUCCUGUUCCAGUGGGUUUUUGUGAUGAAUGAUUAGUUUCAUGAACAGAGAUGAGUCAUCUUAUAUCGGACCAGAUAUCUGAGAUUGAUGCAGUAAAUCAACACUUGUAAAUAUUUUUCCCAGAAAACUAUUAUGUAAUGACACAAACUGCCAUGAUGACUAUGACUCCUGAGAUCAAUCUCCCACAAAGCAGCAACAGCACUUGAAAUAAAG